GUUUUACAAUAAUAUUGGACAUGGUUGGUAGGAUUUUUCACGCCUUCGUGUAACUUGAAGACUUGAACAAUUCGCGACUAGUUUUAUUACUGGUUCAUGAUGCUGCAAGAGGGAGAAAAAGUGUCAUCUGAUUUCACCUGGUGGUAGUGCAGUUUCUAGUAAACCACCAUAAAAAAUAAGUUCUCAGAUUUAUAAAGAAUUUUAUUUGCUUUUCCACGCAAUGGCCCUACAACACAUAGCAAAGUUUUGGUCUGUUCGUCGCAUGCCAUCUUGCAUUUUCCCUAGUCAUCCUACUGCUGUUGCCUUGAUAGUUCUGCUCAUGAUGCAGUCAUUCUUUGUGCCGUGUGUGGAGUCGGCCUUUCGUCUUCCAAUCAGACGCUUCAACAGUCACAUUCACGUUAAACAGCACACAGAAAAGGAGGCUGGUGGUAGGGGCUCCUUCGGGUCCCUGGUUGUGUUGGAAAGAGAUGUACUGUCCUCGGCUGCUCUUGGGGACAUGAAAAACAACUUGAAUGGUCUUUCAGGAGAUGGCUACUACAUUGAUGUGGAUAUAGGCUCACCUCCACAGAGGAUGCAGAUUCUGAUAGACACAGGCAGUGCUAACUUUGCUGUCGCAGCAGAACAGAAUGCUCAAAUUACUCACUAUUUCCACAGAGACAACUCCAGCACAUACAGGGAGGAUGGCAAAGACAUAUAUGUCCCAUACACAGAAGGGGAGUGGAGGGGGACUUUGGGGACUGACAUUGUUUCUAUUCCCUCGGCUCCCAAUGUCUCUGCCGAGGUCAACAUUGCCUGCAUCACGUCGUCCAAGGAUUUUUUCAUUGAGAAGGCUCAGUGGCAGGGGAUCCUCGGACUUGCAUAUGCAGACCUUGCUCAGCCUGAUUCGUCCCUUGUUCCGUUCUGGGAUUCAUUGAUAGAACAAAACCCAGAGUUGGAGGAUGUCUUUUCCAUGCUGCUUUGUGGAUCUUCCUUUGUACAUACCAGAGAUGAACCUCUCAUGGAAGGGACCCUGAUCUUUGGUGGUAUUGACCCAUCUCUGUCGGCCAGCCCCAUUUUGUACACUCCCAUCUACAAGACCUGGUACUACGAGGUGGUCAUCACAGACAUGGCUGUGGAUGAUGUCUCUUUGGACAUGGACUGUAAAGAGUACAACUUUGACAAGACUAUCGUGGACUCUGGCACUACAACGAUACGUCUGCCUUAUGCUGUCUUCAAAGCUUUAGUCGCUGCCAUUGAACGCACCUGGGAGGUCAAGAAAAUAAACCCAUGGGAUUUGCCUGGUGAGUCAUUCUUCUCCGGGGAAGACAUACUGUGCUUCAGUGACAUGGAAGAGCCAUUUGAACUCUUUCCUGUGGUCUCAUUCUAUCUCCUGCAGUCAGAAAAUUCUUCCUUCAGGCUGGACAUCACUGCACAGCACUACCUGCGGCCUGUUCAGUCUGUGGAUGGUAAAGGUCUGGUGCCGGAUGAGAUGUGUGUCAAGUUUGGUUUCUCCCCCUCCACCACGGGGGCUGUUCUAGGUGCUGUCCUCAUGGAGGCUUUUUACGUCGUGUUUGACCGCAAUAACUCGCGCGUCGGGUUUGGCCAGACCACGUGUCCCCUGCCGGAUCCGGAUCAUCCAAUCCGCAACCACUCCAUAGUGGGACCUUUGUAUACCAAGAAAGACCUGAGGAGCUGUGCCUACAAGAAGCCCGACAGUCACCAGUCUUUCCUGGUAGUCUCCUACGUGAUGGCUGGCCUGGCUGUCGUGGUGGUGCUGCCAUUGUUGCUGCUGCUGAUUCUCUGGGUGAAGAACCUGCUCAGUCGCAAACGGCACCACUGCGCCGAUGAUGAUGGCUCCGAGACGCGCACUGUGUUGUCAGAUUCCCAGUGAUAUUGGGACAGAAGGCGUGGAAAUACGUGGGGUCCGCUUAAACCGAACACAGUUAUUUGGAAAGAAAAUAGAAACCCCUGAUUUUUUUGAUUUUUUUUUUUGAACAACUUCUCUAAACUGAAAACCUGGCUAAGCUGAAAAAAACCUGGCUGUUCCUCAGAUUUUAGUUUAAGUGGACUCUGCUGCAGAUCUCUUUUUUGUGGCUUACUAAAAUGUAAGAGUUAGAAAAAGCUCAGUGGAUCCAGGCAUUUGUGUACAGUUUGGCGCUCAAGAUUUCCCCUGAUGUUGUGGUUGGGAAGAAAGGGUUUGCCAUCUUGAAACUUUCUCAAGAAAAUGGUUUCUGAUUGACAGCACUUUUUUUUGUCUUGAACAGUACUUUCCCAUUGAGUGGGGAAUCACUCUUGACACAAAAUACAGCUGUUUGGGGAGAAGGGAUUCCUACCUCAAUGCAUUAUAUCAAUACAUAUCCUUCCCUCCUAUAUCUCCCAGCCAAUCCCCAGCACUUAAUAUGGUUUCUUUUUUCUCUUCUAAAGAUGUCUUUCCUUUCUGAUCUCUCUCUCUCUCUCUGGUCCAGACAAGAAUCUCAUCCUUCUGGUGCAGUGCUUCUUGUGUCUUUCUCGUGUCUCAGCUGGAGCUGUGAGUGACUGUGAUGAAAUAUAAAUGGCCUGAAUAAAGGUGGAGGCCUAGUAGUGUUGUUUUGUUAAAUAACCAAAGACGAAUGUGAACAAGAGUGAUGCAAUUUUACUUUAUGACAAUCUUUAUUUCCCAGGUUUUCUCUUCCAGUUGUCGGCCAUUAUCAGUAUCAUUUUGGCUGCUUCCUGCUCUCUGGGGCGUCGUGAAACGGUCUGCUGUCCAUCAGAGUUUUGGGUCUUCCCCAUGCUGACUCACUCUCUUAAUCUUGUUCAUAGGCUUUAAUUGGUUCAUCUGUGAACGCAGAUGGGUCUGCAUCCAUAUAAAACAUAAUGAAGCUUGAUGUUAACAGUUAUGUGAUGGGUGGCGGACAGAGAAAGCUUUGUGACGAAGUGGAGUGUGCCGUUGUGCCCCAGACAAAAAAAAAUUACUGACCAUUGUUGUUUUUUUUUCAACUCUGAGGCUGCCGUUGUCAUCGCUAGGUAUUGGCCCAGAGCUGUAGUGGGCAUGUCGAUUUGAUGUCAUGCUGUCAACCAGCCUACUGCCUAUUGUCCCUGGCCAGUCUCUCAUGUCGUCAGUUGCAGUAAAAUAGAGAAGUGGGUUGGGGGUGUUUUCAACUAAGGAAUCACCGUUCACAGUCUUAACAGUGUAGUAUAUUUGUACAAUAUUUCAUUAAGGACGUGGAGAGGGAACUAGGAAGAAAAGCUGAUGUUCCUUUUUUUUUUUUUAGAGCUGGCACAUAAUGCUAUUUAUCAUUAAAUUCUCCUAGCAAGGUGAUAAUGUAAACCUAGCUGCAAGUUGUCAUGACUGCCAGUAUUUAGUGCACGUCAUUUUAUACCCUUUCUUCCAUUUUGCAAUUUGCUUUUGUGAGCAUACACUUCCUCAUACAAAUGCAAUAGACUUUUUACACCAAGUUUUUAGAGCUUACCCGCAAUUUACAUUUUUUAAUCAUUGCCCUACUUAAUUGGUGCAAUUUACGUUUUGAAGCCAUAUCUCCCUUUAGGAACAAAAAAUUACUGUGUGAAACAAAGGUGUCAUUUUCUCCAGACUAACUCAAAAGAGUUAUUUAUCCAAGCCUCUGAAAGUUGUACUCUGAAGUGCUUCAGUUUUCAGUUUGGAGAGGCAGAAGUUGCAGGGGGCGGGGUUAAUACGACUUCGGUAGAAGAAUUAAUUGAACGACAAUCAAGGGGUACAAGUGGAAUUGUGCUGCAAACUAGUCAUGUAGCCAUCCUUGACAAAAUAUGGCAGCUUGUUACCAUGAUGGUGCUCUGUUAACGUCUACUUGACAAAUUCUUCUGCUUCUUUGAUAAUCUUCCGAGUUGGUCUUGGAGAGGGCUUUAAGUCUAUACAAUUACAAAACCAUGAAGCUGUUGUGGUUCCAUGUAAAUGACACCUCAGCCUGCAUCCCCCAUGUAACUCUAACCUCUUGUCAUACUUACUCUAUUUAGUACUCUCAAUCUUAAUUCUAGUGAAACAAAACACUAUUACUUAGUUGUAUGAAUUGGUAAUGCUUUGAAUUUUUAUUUGUUGUUAUUACUUUAUUUUGUCUGUGGAUGAUUAUUAUUCAGUUGUAUAUUUACAAAUUAUUAUUCAGUUUUUGAUUUGUGCUUGUGUUCAGACAAUGUGGAGUCCUUCCAUUACUUUUCAUUUUUUAAAUGGUUUUUGUAUGUUAAGAAAUUAAUUCUAUGUGGUGAAUGUGAAAUCUAAAAAUGGUCUUAUUUGUUACGUGAGGCUGGCCUCUGUUUUACAUUUUGAUAUAAAUCAUUUUUGUAGCAACGCUGCGUUAAUGAAUAACCACAGUGAAAAUUGCUGAUUGAGAUAACUAGGUUUACAGAGAGCUGGUUCUUAGUUUUAAGGUCCUGUACUGCUAUAAAACAUAUGGCAGUCUUUUAUUAAGCAGUGGUUAUGUUUUUCGAGACAAUGGAUGCCAGUGUUUUAUGCUUCUCAUAGCGCCCCUGGCUAUUCAGUGAGAUAAAAUGUGUAGAAUGGUUUUGAAUAGUG